CGGCCGGCGCAGAGGCGGCAGCCGCGCCGGGAGUAGGAAAAGGAGAAGGGGCGUGAGGAGAGCUCGGCGGGGCCGGGGCCUGGCCCGGGGCCCGGGCGGCUCCGCGCCAUGGACCGCGACCUACUGCGGCAGUCCCUGGGCUGCCACGGGCCCUCGCUCCUGUCCCUGCUCCGCAGCGAGCAGCAGGACAACCCUAACUUCCGGGGCCUCCUGGGCCCUGCCGCCGACACUGCCCGCGGGGCGCCACCGCUGCAGGCCAGGAAAGAGAGGAGAAGUGACAACAUUGAAAUUCAAAAGUUUAUUUCCAGAAAAGCAGAUCUUCUUUUUGCUGUUUCAUGGAAACAGAAUAUACCCACAGUUUCUGAAAUCAAUGAAGAAAAUGAAGACUAUUAUGCUGUUAUGCCACCUUUGGAACAGUUCAUGGAUGUCCCCAGUAUGGACAGGAGAGAGCUUUUUUUCCGAGAUGUUGAACGUGGUGAUGUUGUAAUUGGACGAAUCAGUUCCAUCCGUGAAUUUGGAUUCUUUAUGGUGUUAAUAUGUUUAGGCAGUGGCAUCAUACGGGAUAUAUCCCAUUUAGAAAUUACAGCUCUUUGUCCAUUAAGAGAUGUGCCUUCUCACAGUAACCAUGGUGAUCCUUUGUCUUAUUAUCAAACUGGUGACCUCAUAAGAGCUGGAAUUAAAGAUAUUGACCGCUACCAUGAGAAGCUUGUUGUGUCCUUGUACAACUCUUCUCUUCCACCUCAACUAUCUGAUAUGAAAUUAGGUGUAAUUAGCUCUGAAGAUCUCCCUUUACACUACAGGAGGAGUGUUGAAUUAAAUAGUAAUUCUUUAGAGUCCUAUGAAAAUGUCAUGCAGAAUUCCAUGGGAUUUAUGAAUCCAGGAGUGGUUGAAUUUCUACUAGGAAAACUAGGAAUAAGUGAAUCUGAUCCGCCAUCCUUAAUGAGAGGCCUCCAGAGGACAAAUUUCUCUGAAGAAGAUUUUGCUUUAACAUUAAGGAAGAAACAGUCCGCUUCCUGGGCUUUAAAAUGUGUGAAGAUUGGGGUUGAUUAUUUUAAAGUUGGCCGCCAUGUGGAUGCUAUGAAUGAAUACAACAAAGCUCUGGAAAUAGAUAAACAGAAUGUGGAAGCUUUGGUAGCUCGUGGAGCAUUAUAUGCAACAAAAGGAAGUUUAAAUAAAGCCAUUGAAGAUUUUGAGGUGGCAUUGGAAACCUGUCCAACCCACAGAAAUGCAAGGAAGUACCUUUGCCAGACUCUUGUAGAAAGAGGUGGCCAGCUAGAAGAAGAAGAAAAACUAUUAAAUGCUGAAAGUUACUACAAGAAAGCUUUGACUUUGGAUGAGACUUUUAAAGAAGCAGAGGAUGCAUUAUCGAAACUUCACAGACAUAUGCAGAAAUCUUUGGAAUUAAGAGAAAAACAAGCUGAAAAAGAAGAAAAGCAGAAAUCAAAGAAAAUAGAAACAAGUGCAGAAAAAUUGCGUAAGCUCUUAAAAGAAGAAAAAAGGUUAAAGAAGAAAAGAAAAAGAUCUACUUCUUCCUCUUCAAGUAUUUCUUCAACUGACCAGGUGGUUUCUUCUUCAUCAUCCUCUUCCUCUUCUGGUCACAAAAGGCAUAAGAAAAGGAAAAGAAACCGUUCAGAGUCCUCUCGAAAUUCCAAAAGGCAUUCCUCCAAGACUUCUUCUCAUCCAGAUCAGAAUAGGAAAGAGGAAAGCUACCCACUCCCAGCCAAUACCUCAGCAUCCUUUCUUAACCAAAAACAAGAGAUGGAAAAAUUGCUAGAAAAUCAGGGUAGAGUAAAAGAGAGAGAAAGAGGGAACAUUCACUCUUCAUCUGCUGAAAUUCCGGAUAAUUUUGGAGGGAGAAGCUUGACCCAAAAGAACAGGAGAAUGGGACUCAUGGACCCAGACACAAAAUUCAUCAGCAUGGAGCAAGGACAAAGCUCUAAUGAAUGGACUUGGCUGAAUUCACUCAGCAUCAGCUGUGGUCUCCUUCCAAGAUACCCUGCAGGAGUCCAGGCACUUGGAUCCUAACCUGAAUCCUUGAAAGUUUUGGCUCCUUUGUGACUUCCAUCAGCAUGGCUCUGGUGAUUGUAACAAUAAAGACACUGAUACUUAGUGACUUCAAUUCAAAAAUGGUCAUGGGGGGCAAUGGCAAAAAACAUGUUGCAUGAUAUGAUCAGAACUGCUAAAAAAAAAAAAAAUCAAGCAAACCCUGAAGCUUCUCUAACAUGAUUACAAUCAAUCUUCAAGAGGUUUUAAAAGCAUGGGCUAGGGUCCAAAUAUCACCAAGGAAGGAAAGGGUCUAUUUCAAUACAGGAAAUACCCAAUUAAUUAUGUGAGAAUUGUUUCCAAAUCAUUUGUCUCAUCUGUGAGUCAUCAGGCCAGUGAAUGACUAGUUAAAGCAGAAUUGAAGGGGAAAUUACAAGAGUUCCCCAGUGAAUGAUCAGUUAAAGCAGAAUUGAAAGGGAAAUUACAAGCGUUCCCCAUCUGACUUACUCAAAUAAGCUAUUGAUUUGGAAAGGUGACAGAUAAAUGCAAAGAUCUUGACACCUGUCACCACUGCCUACAGAAGUUUAACAUGUAAGUGAUCACCACAACGGGCAAAAAAAAGCUCAGAAACUGCCUCUCCCAGCCAGAGAGAGAGAACUAACUAGGUAACAUGCUUUUAGACUAUAAACUCAUUUAUAGAUGAUUACAAGCAACAUUACCUCCAAAUUAGGACAAACCAGUCCUCAAUAGCCUUGGCAUCAGACCCAACUGAGCCUAAGUGUCCUAGAAGCAUUUCUAGAUGAAAGUAAAAGCAUAGACAGGAACUAUUGCCCAGGUUUUUCUCUGGAGCUCCUAGCACCAAUGCCAGGAAAAUCACUACUUUUGCCCAGAAAACCAAGAACACCCGAGGUGCUAUCAGAGAAGAUGGAGAUGGCAUUCAAGCCAGAUAGAUCUACCCCUGCCUAUCAAGGGAUUCCCAUCGACAUGGAAUGAUUUCUUAAAAGUGGAAAUAUUUGAGCUUGUGCCAGUGGGGACAAGGACAAAGAGGCAAAACCGAAUGGGGGGGAUCGAAGCGUAGGGUGUGGCCCUAAGCCAGUAGAAAUGACUGAUGGAUGAGACACUGAGGGUUCUAGAUCUAACAUCAGAACUACUAUAUUAUCUUUGGUUAGAAAAAUUGGUUUCAUUCCAAUUGACAGUAUUCUGGGUACCAGAAUGAAGUGCCACCAAGAAAUAAUCACAUUCAGAAUAUAAAGACCAUUCUCUUUCCCAUAAAAGAGCAUCAGAUAGUCUGACAAAAACCUCUUUGACUCGCCAUGUGCAAGUACAGGUGAUAUAUUGUGAUCUUCCCAGCCUCUGUAGCUCCAAACUGCACUCCAUAUAUUCCAGCCUCAUUCUCCUCAUCCUCUUCCCACCAGAAUUUGAGAGUGUUCCUAAAAGCCCCUUGGAGUCUGCAGAGGAAGGGAGCUUUCCCAUUAUUCCACUCAGACCCUCCCCAGCACUUCUCAGCCACUCCAAACCAUGCUCCCUUUGGGUGCUCCUGGUGAUACCUGGUCUUUCAUUCUAAGAGAAACCCCUCGAGGGCUUGGACUGGCUUGGUUUCUUACAUUUGUAUUGCUUGGGCUUAGCAGAACCUCUGGCAGCGGAGUGCUUCCUACAUGUUUCCCAGUAAUGAACUCGUCUCAGCCCUCACCCAGCUCCCUCUCCGGACUUCUCCAUCACCCUCGCCCUCCACCCCAGACCUGCUCUCUGGCCCACUCACUUCCUUGCUCCUUCAGCUCACUUUCCUGACUUCAGCAAACCCUGGGCUGGUCCCCUUUUCUCUGCCCCAUUCUCAUUCUUCCCUUUCCAGCUCCCCUUUGUCUCUUCCCAUUGGAAUGUAAACUGCUUAAGGGCAAGAUGGUCUCCUUUGCUUGUGUUUUGUGUUCCAAGCAGGAAGAAUAGUGCUUGAUAAGUGCUUAAUAAAGGCUUUAUCAUGGA